AAGCGGGCCUUGUUUCUCUCUUGCUCUUGUUCCUAGUGGUGCAGAUUUAACGGCGACACCACACGGCUGUACAAGGUUGGUGCGGAGAAUGUACCAGCAUCAUCAUGGUCCUCUGCGCCCUGAACACACAGCUCCUGAGGAGCAGCAGCUGUUGCGCUCUCAUGGCCAGGUUGCAGACCUCGGGCCGCCGCCGCUGCUGCCUUUACUCCAGCACCCAGGGCUUUAACCAAGAGGAGAUCAGACAGAAGCUGCGGGCCUUCCCUGGAGGCUCCGUCGACCUGCUGAAGCAGGACUCUGGUGUGGCUGUGCUGACCAUCAACAACCCCGCUCGCAUGAACGCCUUCUCCGGCAGCAUGAUGGUGGACCUGGAGGAGAAGGUGAGCCAGCUGGAGAACUGGACUGAAGGCAAAGGCCUGGUCGUUCGGGGCGCUGCCGAGACAUUCUGCUCCGGGUCCGACCUCAACGCAGUCCGAGCGAUAUCCAGCCCCCAGGACGGGAUGAAAAUGUGCAUGUUCAUGCAGGACGCUCUCACAAGACUGCUCAGGCUGCCCCUGGUCUCCGUUGCACUGGUGGAGGGCAGAGCCCUGGGAGGAGGCGCAGAACUCACCACCGCCUGCGAUUUUAGAUUAAUGGCAACAGGCAGCGUGAUCCAGUUUGUCCACAAACACAUGGGUCUGGUCCCAGGCUGGGGCGGCGCUGCGCGACUCGUCCACAUCGUUGGAAGCCAGAAUGCUCUCAAGCUGCUUGGCGGCGCCGUGAAAGUGGACCCUGAACGCGGCCUAGACGUCGGACUGGCAGACGGAGUCCUGGAGGCCGACGAGGACACCCCGGGUGCCGGCACCCCCGUGCAGCAGGCCGAAGACUGGCUCCGCCGCUACACCGAAGGACCAGUCCCUGUGAUCCAGGCGGUGAAAAAAGUAGUGCUGGCAGGAAGAGAACUCCCCCUGCUGGAGGCUCUGCGGAUGGAGAAGGAGGUGUUUGGGACUGUGUGGGGUGCUCCGGCUAAUCUGCAAGCCUUGGCCAGCAAGUCCAAGCACAAAUAACUUGGCCCCAGCAUCCUGAGAUUUGUCCAGAUUAGCAAAGAUCAGCGUGUGCCGUUUCUGGGUUGGAUUCAGUAAGAAGAGGCUGAUUGGUGUUUCCAAACUUUGGUUCACUGAAACCAUUUUAAAGCUGCAGUAUGUCACUUUUACAAAAAAAACAAAAUUUUUUGCAUAUUUGUUGAAACCGUCACCAUGUUAUGAAGGUUUAGUAUGAGACAGAUAAUCUGUGAAAAAAUCGAGCUCUGUCCUUGUCCCAUUCAAACAACCAAUCAGAGCGAGGAGGCGGGUCUUAGUGCUGUCAAUCACUGCCAUGUGCGAGCAUGUUGCGAAUGCUAAGGCUAGUUGGCAUGGCCAACGGAUGACAGCGGUUUUCCUGUAAUGGUAAGUUGUUUCUCCACCAUUAGCACAUUUAACAGCAAGUACAUAAGGUUUGAUUGACAGCGCUAAGACCCUCCUCCUGGCUCUUGAUUGGUUGUUUUUGACCAGAAUUGGUACAGUUCUUCCGAGGCAACAGGUGGAAGAGAUUGAUUCUUUUCACAGACUAUCUGUCUCAUACUGUCACAACAUGGUGAUAGUUUUAAAAAAUAUCUUAGAAAAACAUUUUUUAAUAAAAACAAAGCACUUUCAUGUUUGAAUGAAAGUGCUUUCAUUUAAACAUGAAAUAUUUGAUAUUUGAAAAUCUGUUUGCUUAUGCUAUUUGCAAGAUAUUACGAGGGAUAAACAUCAUCGACAUCUGCAUAUCAUUCCACCUACAUUAGACCGGAGUAACCUUUUAACUCACAGGGUUUGGAUUGUGCUCUGAGCAUCAUCGGAUUUCUGCAACGAGCCACAGUGAAAUCCCAGAGAUGUGUGUGUGUGUGUGUUUGUGAAUAAUUUUAAUUCGCGGAUCUAUCCAAGCAGUGCUGGAAAACCACAGAUGUGCUCAAACUGCAGCAGCAGGACGGACCCCUGGAGGCCGGCAGACUCUUAUCUUGUGCUGCCGUUCCAGAGGUCGCGCUUCCUGGCGGAGGUCCCAGAGAGAGCGUUCGAAACGCGCUGUGAGCGGAAUACCAAACGCCUACCAGGUGAACAGAAAGUCCUGGUGAAUAGUAGCCCACCAUGGAAAUAUCCUCCCAGAAAAGCUGAACAAUGUAGCAAUGAUAAACUUAAACUAUAUGAAUGCAUCAAGACACUUUUCAGCCUCGCGCAUAAAAUGAAUCGCUCUUAUUAAAAACAUUUCCAUUUUAUUGCAUUGCAUAAUUUAAGGGAGUUAUGUUGUGAUUUAUGGAUUUCUAGAAACGCUACAUAUUUGUGCCAACAAUCGCAAUGUUCACACUUGAACCAAAACUGCAUGACUGUUGGGGCUCGUUAGUAAUUAGUUAAUUAGUAAUCAGGCUCCUUAUUUAAUGUUCUAUUUAAAGAAAUGGAAACAAAACAACAUGAACUCUUAACUACGGAAGGAGCUUAACUUCUACGAGGAUCAGAAUAUUAGCCGAUUAAGUCUUUAUCAAGUGGAAAUCAAUUAGGGAUGGGAAUUUAUCGUAAUAAUAAAAACAUUCAUAAAGAAUUUGGACAAUAAAUUCUAAAUGUUGGAUAACCCCAAAAACUA